AUGUGCACGCUUGCCACCUCGGUGACGACUCCGGGCCUGGGCGCUGGACGGAUGGGGCUGGAUGCGAUCCAACCGCGACAGGGCAGCACGGAAAGUGCGGCCAGCGGUGAUUCGGACGGUGGUGGAGGGGGCGUUUACGAUUCGCCGGUCUGUACAGCGGCGGCAACUGCUGCGCUACAGUGGUACUAUCUGGCGAACUUGGACGCACAUUCGAGCGAAUCAUUGCAGAGCUCGAAGCUGUUCUCUCCUGCCUAUUGGACCGGAUCUGAUACAUUCGCUCCAUCCUCACUGUCCAACGAUGCGUUUAAAAGCGAUCGGGAUCAAAGGGACGACUGUGACUCACCGCUGCUUGCCGAAGAACUCGCGGAACUGUGCGACCAGUUCGACGAUCUGGGUCUCUUCGAGUUAACCUCCAGAGCUCGCCCGAAUCAGCUGGAGGUGGAUCCCCAUUUUGCGGGAUACGGCAGAACUUCCCUGGGCGCAACGCUGAAAGGGCUUGGUGGUUACGGUAGAAGCAUUUCGCCUAACGCUUCGAUCCAUCAACAUCAUCAUCAUCACCACCAUCAUCAUGUGAAGCACCAACAGCAGCAUCACCACGAGUUGCCAUUGACAAGACCACAGCAUCAGCAGCACGCCUAUCACCAUCAACCACUGCCGCUAACGAGCCACCAUUACCCACCCACGUACGGAGGACAUCAGCCGUUGCCGUUACAUAAUGGAGCCACGGAGCACCAUCUGCAGAAUGGGAACCAGAAGUACGGCAAGGUGCCGCCGGCCAACUAUCUCUGCCAUUUGUGCUUCAAGAAGGGUCACUACAUCAGAGAUUGCCCACAGGCACGCCCGAAAGCCGAAGGGAAAACACCGUACCAGGGUAAGAAGCGCUGCUUCGGCGAGUACAAGUGUCCCAAGUGCAAGCGAAAGUGGAUGUCGGGCAAUUCGUGGGCAAACCACGGCCAGGAGUGCAUCAAGUGCCACAUCAACGUCUAUCCACACAAGCAGCGCCCGCUGGAGAAACCGGACGGUCUGGAUGUGUCGGACCAGUCGAAAGUCCAUCCGCAGAUGCUGUGCGAAAAGUGCAAAACGUUGGGUUACUACUGCCGAAGAAUCCAGUGA